CUAUCUUAUACUAAAGCUGAUGUUAAACCGAUCCUUAAUCCUGAAGAAGUUGCUAAUAGAACAGUACCACGUCAUAUUUUCAUACGACUCAAGCAAGAAUUGCAAGAAAGGAAUGAAACUAUUAACGCUCUUCAUCAAAAGAUAUCACAUUUGGAAAGUUUGAUCAAAUUGAAGGAUCAAAGAAUAGUGGAUCUUACCACACAAGUUAAAAGACCGAUGGCAGAUGCAUUGACUCCUCGUAUUAAUGUUCCAAACUAUGAGAUUACUAAAGUACGAAUAAAUACUUGAAAGAUUUAUAUAUAAAACAAACAAAAUAACAAUAUUAUAUUUUAAAUGCAAUCAUAUAAUUUAUGAUUUGUAC